AUGGACUUCGCGUACUCGCCGCAUCGUGAGGGUUGCGGCACCAUGCACCUACCUUCACCCACCCACCCCCACAAUUACCGCCUGGAAGGCACGCACUUUUCUCACCUGCAACAGCUCCGCCGCUCCCUCUCGCGCUCGCCUUCCAAACCCUCGCGCUUCCAGAUGCGCAACUCCGACUCGCCACGCUCGCCCAUAUCGCCGUUAGCCUUAACGCGCGCCUUCAGCCCGAAGCAGCACGGCCCUACAAGCCCCGUCGCAGCCUAUCCCGAGUCACCACUGGCGCAGACGGUCCCGGCCAAGAAGAAGUUCACAAUACGUCGCUCAGCACCAUUCCGCUCGUCGCCGCGCACGCGCAACAGCAAAUCCAAGAGCCCGCACCGCGUUCUGGCCGACUCGACCGAAACCGGAAACUCGACUCCAUUCACGUCACGAAACGCGCCUGGACAAGAAAAUACACCCGAACCCCGCUCUAGCGUUGACCACCCCGACAUGAUGGACACGGACAGAUAUGGUUUGAACGACAAACCCAUCAAAUUUGAGUUUGCGCGGCGACCAGAGCCGUCGCCCGCGCCGAUCAAGUCAAGCCCGCUCAAGCGCAACGACGGAGUCAUGAACUUGAGCGGGGGAACCGGCAGCAGUCCGGUGGCAAAGAGGAGAAGCUUGUACGGCAUACCCAGUCUCGGAAAUGACUUCGAGAGUAUAUUCGAUCAGCCAAAUGGGUCUAGAGCGUCUAUGCAAGAACCGCAACGGACAAACGAGAACGAGUCCUUUGGCGGAUUUGCCUUCUCAUCGCCUAUCAACAACACACAGUCUCCUCUGCGGAGAGGGACAUCACUACGAAAAUCGACCUUGUCCCAACGAUCGACAAACACCCCGCGACCCAAGCCAGCAUUCGACGGCGAGUUUGCGUUCCCUGGUGCAGCUGCCUCCAAGACGCGAAACCGCAUGUCUUUGGAUGGCUCGAUGGGACAGAACAUCACACCUUCCCAUACUCCGUUCCGUAAGUCUACGUUUGAUCCAGAGCGCAUGGGCCUGCCUCAGCCCUUCGUUCGUAGUAGCACCGGAGCCGUACAACCUCAUCCUCUAUCUCAUGCGCACACUCCGUCUUCUUCGUCCGCCUUCAGUGGAGAAACACCUCCGAUGGCUCCACCCCGGGCAAGACUCUUUGGAGCUCCACCAACGCCUGCGGGACCAUCUCACCAGUUCUCGCGGUCUCUGCCCAUUGGUGUAGGUCGUCCAUACCUGUCAGAAACUGAUGAAGAAUCGGAAGAGGCGUUUGAUACACCCUUCAAAGUGGUACAGCCACCACCUGUCGCUUUCUCAACAGGUCUGCUCUCAAAGAAGAACCGCAACGUAAACGACCUUCCUGGAGCUGCAGGCAGAUACAUCAUGCCCGAUACUCCAUCAAAACGGCUGUCAUACCCCCCAGCCGCGGGCGACAGAGCGGAAGUCAUUGAUACCCCAUUGGUCAAACGCGGAGGUAGCCUCUUUGGCAACUCCACACGACCACAGCCUCAGUUCGGUACGACAAGCACACCGUUUAGCAGCCAUGUUUCAAAGUUCUCUACGGAGUCUUUCGGCACGAGCACAAACAUAUUCGGUAACAUGGGUAGCUCCCAUCAGCGACGGGGAAGCUUUGUUAGCGUAGAUGGAGAUGACGAUGUCUUACCUGACUCCCAGUCACCGUCAGCUAACAGAAUGAUCGAGUCACCAACAGCCAACCGAAUGGUUGAUAGCCUGUCCGGUACUGACGAUACGCCCCCCACACCCACCAAGUCACAUGGUGGUUCAAGCCGCCGAUCCAAGGAGAGCAGCCUACGACGCAAGACAUUCCGCCAGCGUCCUUCCAUUGGAGAGAAUACGUUUGCUGUACCAGAGAUCGAGGGUCACACAAAUGGUAAGUCCACUUCAAUUUCAAUCAGUACUUGUUCGCCGAUCGAAGAGAAUACGUUGCCUGGCGAGGAACUACACUCGACGAUAUGCGGUAUCUCAUCUUCACAAACUCUUUCUUUUGCUCGAACUCGGCUUUUGCGGCAGUCCAAGAAGCUUGGUCGCCCAUCGCCGCUUUCGCGACGAGCUUUGCGAGCGCCUAUUCAUUCGUACGUCAAGAACGUCACUAAGCAACCUCCAGCAGCGGCCAUCUCUUUUGGUGCAUCCUCCCCACAGUCACCAAGUGAGACUAUGUUCGCUCCAGACACUAGGAGGCUCUCAUUAUCAGGUAACAGGCGAGGUUCGAUAAACUUCAACAGCAGCCUCGACUCUUUCCCGCCUGCCACACCCACCGCCUCCCGUGACCAUUCGGUAUUUUUCAGCAACGACCAGAGCGCCAUACCCAUUGGACUGACAAAGAAUGAUGUGGAUGAGUCGCUAGCCUCACGUUUCCGCGAAGUGAAAGAACUUGACGGUGGCGAAGGGGAGUUCUCCAUAGUAUACCGUGUGAGCCAACCUGUGAAGACUUCGCCUGAGAGAUCUCCUGCUGGAAGUCAGGUGUGGGUGGUGAAGAAGUCGAAGAAAACCUACAUUGGUAUGGGCGACCGUCAGCGGAAGAUGCGUGAGGUAGAAGUACUGUACGCUCUUCGUGGCAACGACCACGUUCUCAGCAUCAAAGAUCACUGGGAGCACGACGCGCGUCUUUACAUCCAAACCGAGUAUUGCGAGAGUGGCAACUUGAGACGAUUCCUUGAUACUACUGGAUUCAGCGGCCGUCUUGACGAUUUUCGCAUCUGGAAGAUACUCAUGGAACUAUCAAUGGGUCUCACGUUCAUUCAUAACUCUGGUUACAUCCACCUGGACCUGAAGCCCGCCAAUAUUCUGAUCGAUUUCGAAGGCGGCCUAAAGAUUGCCGACUUCGGUCUAGCCAGCCCAUGGCCCGCCCCCAAGCACAUCGAUGGGGAGGGUGAUCGUCACUACCUUGCUCCGGAAGCUCUUUCUGGUCGAUUUGAUAAACCUGCCGAUGUCUUUGCUCUUGGCAUGAUGCUGGCUGAGAUAGCUGGUAAUUGUGUCAUCCCAGAGAACGGUGCAUACUGGCAAAAGUUGCGAUCAGGCGAAUUCGAGAACGUGCUCCCAAGCCUAACUUGGAGCGCGGAAAGCAGCACAUUGAGCCGCGACUCGAACGGUGACCCAGUCACGGAAAUCGCCCGAACCUCCAUGGACGGCUUCAUGAUGUCCGACUCGGACUUCGACUCACCAUCCUCCAUCCAAGUGCAGCCAGCGUCCAACCCAGAAAAGGAACUCGCACGAGCGCCCAAGUUCAUGAUCGACCGAGAAGACAUGAGUUCCAUGGAUCAGGUUGUAAUGGCGAUGCUACACCCAAUCCCGGAUCAGAGACCCACGGCUGAACAAGUGCUCCAGUGCUUCGGUUGCCAGUGGGUUCAGAACAGGAGGCGGUCGGGCGCCACUGUCUAUGAAGGCAAUUUUGGACCGAGUGAUGAGAUGCUGGCCACAUACGAUCAGGACCGCGCCGUUGAUGUGGAGGACAUGAUGGACAUGAGCUGA